AUGGAUGAAGAGAGCCUGGAAGCCGCCAUACAGACCUAUAAAGCCCAGCUGGAGCAGGUCAAACAGACCUGAACGCUGAUUUGGACCCCUCACAGAAAGCCGACCUCCUCCAGCUUGAGGGGGACUUGCAGCAGCUGAUAGAACUGACCGAGUCUAGCCUGCUGUCGGUGCAGAAAUCGAAACUUACUGUCCGCCCUCGAUGGUCCUUCCUCCUCCUCCUCGCAGCAGGAUGGUGAAUACGAGGCUUUCAGGAGGGCCAUAGGGGAACAGGGUAAUGAAGGUGAGGCCACGGAUAAUAAAUCCAGUUGUUCAGGAUGCAGUGAGGAAGAGGAGGUGGAGGAAGAGGAAGAUGAAACUAGUGGCAUGAAGGUCAGAGCCCCUUACUAUAGCACGUGGGGGACGUUGGAGUAUCAUAACGCCAUGAUUGUGGGCUCGGAGAAAACAGAGGAUGGGAGUCCUGGGGUCCGGGUUCUCUAUCUGUACCCCACGCACAAGGCCAUGAAACCCUGCCCCUAUUUUCUGGAUGGAAGGUGUCGCUUUAAUGAAAGCUGCAGGUUCUCACAUGGACAAGUUGUGCCAGCAAGUGAGCUGCGGGUCUUUAAGGAGGCAGACCUCGACUCUUUUGGCCUCGAUAAACCCUGCUUGGCCCGGCACAGCGACGGCAUCUGGUACCCUGGGCGGAUUAUAGACAUUGACAACUCAUUCUACACUGUAAAAUUUGAUUCUCUGCUGCUGAAAGAAGCUGUGCUUGAAGCUGAUGCCAUUAUCCCACCACUACGGGAAAGUGAAGACUCUUCAUCCGAUGAUGAUGAGGAUGAAGUGGAGGAUUCUGCGUAUGCCCAAGUUUCUACAGUACUGGAGAGCAACGAUGUGUGUGCAAAUGGUCCCUGCAGUUCUGAAUUUGCUGGUUGGGAGGCUCACACACGUGGGAUUGGAUCUAAGCUUCUGGCUCGAAUGGGUUAUGAGUUUGGGAAAGGUUUGGGAAGGAAUUCAGAGGGGCGAAUUGAACCCAUACAGGCUGUGGUAUUGCCUAAAGGGAAAUCAUUAGACCAGUGCAUAGAGAUGCAACAAAGGAAGAAAAAAAGAGGAGGGGGCCCUCCCAAAAGCAGAAAAAAGCGUGCGCCCAAGCUGACGGCGGCAGCUCGUGGGAACACACCCCUCGCCGCAACGUGUUUGACUUCCUGAAUGAGAAACUGGAGGGCAAAAGCCAUAAAGAGCAACCCACAGAGACCAGAUCCAAUCUAGAAAGGAAAGGCAAGGAAGUGUAUAAUGCCAGCCAAAGCAGCAAGCGGGCGCUGAAUAUUGAAUUGGCCAAGACUAUGGAGAGGAUCCAGCAGAAGCAGAGAGAGAUUGCGCACGUCACAGAGGCACUGGCAAGGAAUGUAGGAAGGGACAGCGUGAUCAGCGUGCAGCUGGAGAAACGCCUCUCAGACGCUCGAUCUCAGCUUGUAGUUUUGCAGCAGGAAGAGCGAAGUUUGCAGCGAGAGCAGAAGAAGGCGAAACACACACAAAAAAAUGACUGAAUUCUAA